AAUCCAGGGAUUAAAAUAGCCUGGUGGAAGUUGGACACGCCACCAGCCAUAAGCCUCUAGUUAUUCUUUCUUCUCAAAGAAUAUAACUAUCUUGUUCAUUUACGGGUCUGAGGGUUCCGUAUACAAUACAACAUCUAAUCCCUCAUUUUGCAGGGGUCCGAAUUACAUCUAACGGUAUAUCGGAUUGGGGGCUGGCUCUGAUUUCGAAAGAUGACUUUACAAAAGGAUAGGGCACGAAAAAAUAACGGAAAGAGAUGAUAGUUUUACCGAUGGACAAUACAGGACAGCUGAAAUCUCUGAAGAGAAAAAUAAAUAGAUUUUUUCCAGUCUUGACACCGAUUUCAAAUGAUCCUUAAACUUUCAUUCGGAACAGUUGACUGUAGCAAAGGAGAGUGGCUGAAACUUUUGAAAAUGAUAUGAUUCAUUUAGCAAUCGUACAUUGAGAUAAUUCGUUUGAAUAGAUAAAAGCCGUUUAUUUUUUCACAUUUUGGGGUAAAGAUUCUCGUUAUGGAUUCUGUCUGAAAUUCGUCAGUUUUUUAGGUCUCCUGCCCUUUUUCUUUCAACACUCUCUUCGCUCUCUUCAAAAUUCGAUAAAAGGGGAUUCCUUAUCAGCAAAGCACCUCAGGUUUCUUCAAACUUGUGGCUUUUUGAAUAAAUAAAAAUGGAGAAACUGUAUUAUUCUACCCCGAGCCCGCUGGAGCCGUCACCGUAUCGCCCACGAAGCCCGCCCGCUGGACAUGGGGAGAGAACGUUGAUCCCGUCGCAUUCGCUACCAGUUCACACAUCUCUGCCGGGAUACGAGGGGAACCCAACCCCAGUGCACCUCAGCGCCUACAACACCGGCCCACAACCUAUGAAAAAUCUUCAGCUGUAUCCUGAUAGUGAUUUUACGAGAGGAACUCAGAUGGGACACAUGACCACGAUUCAUUCACCUGUCGUGUUGCCAAGGAAACCACUUAGUGAUUAUCCUCUUAGUGGGGUAUCCAACAUCCACCAUCACCAUCAUCACCACCAAUCACCUCAACCCGUUGAUAACCAGAGCCACCACACAACUGUUCUUCCAUAUUCAGAUUUACUGAGGGAAGGCUAUGGUGUGCAGAGCUCUGAUCAACAAAGUUACGGAGGCUCAUGGCAAAAAUCUCCAACACUGAAUGGUACAUCCGGGAUCCUUCCAUGUUCCGAUGUCCUCCCACACCACCAGCCAAACUUCCUCAACUCUUCCUCAGCAGCUGCCGCCCGUUCUCAGUCCGCCCACAGCCCCGGUCACCACCCCUCCCAUCACUCCGCCCACCCCAAUCCGCACCAAGCCUCGCCAUUCGUGUCCUCAGCCUCCUCUCCUACGUCGGUGGGCGGGGCUAUCUACGACGACUACGCCACCAAGCUGCGCUCUUCGGCCGAUGAGGGGCGUUUCUCCCUGCCGUACACGCCCACUCCACCUGCUUGGCGCAGUAACCAUCAUGCGUCACAGCCAAGCGUCCCUCCUCCACCGCCGCCACCACCUCUGUACUUCUGCGGGAGGAUGGUUCAAGUGAGAUCAAACAAAAAUAAGAGCGAACACAAGAAAAGUAGCAACCAGUGCAACAUCUGCGGCAAGUCCUACGCACGACCAAGCACAUUGAAGACGCAUAUGAGAACACAUUCGGGAGAGAAACCCUAUCAUUGCCCGACAUGCCAGAAGUCAUUUUCCCAAACAGCGAACUUGACGGCCCACAUGAGGACACAUUCGGGUGAAAAACCAUUCAGAUGCCUCAUAUGCAAUCGACAAUUCUCUCAGAGUUCAUCAGUUACUACACACAUGCGAACACAUUCUGGAGAGCGCCCCUACCGAUGUGCUUAUUGCAGGAAAGCCUUCGCCGACAGUUCAACCCUGACGAAACACCUUCGAAUCCACAGCGGGGAAAAGCCGUACCAGUGUAAGAUAUGUCUCCUUAGGUUCUCACAGAGUGGCAAUCUAACCAGACACAUGAAGGUCCACAAAAAUGAAUAGAAGUGUGUUCCGAACACAGUGAGGGAAAGGCCGCACCAAUGUAAGAUAUGUUUCCUCUGGUCUUCACAGUGAGGCCUUUCAACUAGAGAAAUGAAGGUCCAUAAAAAUGAGUAGAAGUGUGUUGCCUGAAGGAAAAGACUUGAUUGACUGCUGACAUGGGUAGUGUAUGACACUCGCAUGCUACUGUCACACCGACGACAGUACAGACUCCAAACCGACCGAAGGUACGUCAUUGGACAUAGCGUAAAAGCUUUGAUCGGUCUAGAGUCGGUUCCACCGGUGCAAAUGUGGCAUUACCUGGUGUUCUGCAGAGGGUACAAAUGGGCAUUGAGAAUGAAACACCAGGAAAGCACUAUCGAGUGGUGUUCAAAUUACACUCUGAAGUUUGAACAUAACACCAAAAUAAUGUUGGAAAACAACCAAGAUGUGGAUAAUGAACCAACACCACAAUUUGAACACUGGUGUGUAACGUUGAAGUAAUCUACUGUGAACAGCGGUAGCUCAGUCAAACACUUCCGGUCGGGAGAAAGUCAAGGAAACGAGAUGUACCAUUCUUCAUUGGAUAUCAUAGCCAAAGCGGAGAAAGAAUAUUUCUCCAGACGUAUAUUUUUCUAUAUUAUCUGUCUAAGAAAUUUAUUCAUUUUGAAGGGUUCUUGGACUACCCUUCUUGAAGGACAAGUCCCCUGGAGAUUGGCAAACUGUCUUUAAAGGAGUUGCUGUUUGGAUAAGGUGAUUCUCUUCGGAGACUUGACUUCCGGGAAGUUUUAAUCCAGGAGAGUGUGCGUAGGAGAGUGUCCAUGUGGGGCUUGGAAUCGUAUCCGGAGGAAUUGUCCUCUGGGGUAGCUAUUCUCCAUCGAUCAUUAAUCCCCUCUCUUCGCCACAUAUCCUCAGAAAGAUCUGCCCCUGUUCAUCUUGUGCUCAAUUGUCGUUAAUAUUUUUUAAAUUCUAAUUAUUGAUAUUAUAACUUUUGUGAUAUUAUGAGUUUAGAUAUAUAUAUAUAUGUGUUUCUUUAUAGAAUUCUGCGAUGUUGUUAAAAACCAAAGAACUUAGAGAAGCCAGGGGUGUUUCCUUGUAGAAACUCCAAACAGUUUUUGUCAAAGAAGCUUAAUUUAGAGCAACAUGUGAAUGCAGGUUUGCCAUUACAUGAGUCCACAGACCCCUUAAAGUAUAGUGAUAUAAUAACACGAUAAUCAAAUCAUUUCUAUAAUCAUCAAUAAAACAUACGUGCCUUCUAUAAAAUCUUCCACAUAGUAAUAUAAAUAGAUUGAAAUAUUUUUUAAAAUAGGUUGCGAUUAUGAUAAUAACGUAGUCUUGGCAGUUCAGUAAUAUUUCUCACCUUUUUAUUCAACACUAAUAUUAAAAGGAAUAUGUCUUCUAUAUUUUUUUUUCGUCAUGUUUUCUUGGACAUGUUAGAAUUAUUUCUUGAAUAAUUUCGGGACAUUAAUUUUGGUCAUACCAGAUUUAAAUGAAAAUAGAUAGGCCAAUCGUUAAGAAGAAAUAUCAUCCUAUUGUGAUCAUUCUGAUUGGCUUAUAGAUGCGGUGAGAGAGUAUUCCCGGGUAAACAUGGAAAGGAUAUGCCCUUAUCUACCAUUAGACUUUUUAAAAUUUUAACUAAUACCGCGAAUGCUGAACUCCUUGAUAUUUUAUCCAAUAUAUACGAUGAUAUCAGUAGCUUUUUACAUAAUCUUAAAUAUUAUCCUAAGAUUUUAUAAUACAUGCCCGUACAUACGUGAUCCGAUUCAAAUCUUGAAGAAAUAUAAGAGCAAUCUUCAAGAGCAUAAUUAUCAACCAAUUAGUAGCACUGAGGUCUCGUUUGCAAUAGUCAGUUCAUCCCUUUUCUGUAUUUUUGUGAAAAUUUUUUAAAAAUCAUAAGCCUAUGGUAAAGUGAGAACCUUAUAAACUGUUAUCAUUUAUCUUUUUUUCUUCUUUUUUGAUACCAAGUCACUUACUUCAUUUUAUGUGCGAUUCAAUUUUAACCACCAGUUCGGAGAUUCACUAUUAACCAUCCUCUUAUUGUAAAAUGUAUAAUAGAUUUGGGGAGGAUAUGGAGGUAUAGAUGCCAGAGCUUCUUUGCCAAACUGACCCAAGAGGGUUAUUUGUGACAAUCAUUUUUUAUACAACCUUGUGAAAAUAUAUAAUCAUGAUAAUCAGAUAUGUGUGUGUAACCAUGGUAACAGUGUGCUCGUAUUAUAUAUUCUAUCAUGUCGAUAUCAGUGUAUCUAUCUUUUUACGUAUCUUUCCACGUAAUGAAAUGGACAAUCUAUAUACGAAAAUAUCUGUGUGUGUGAUUUGUAAAGAAUGUUAUGUUAUAUUCAUGUAAUAACUAGAUAGAAUUAUAUUUUUGCGACAAAUAUGAAUCAUCUGGAACAGUCUACGCAACUGAACAUGUUCAAUAACAAUUAAAAGGUGAUGUUAAAAAGUAAAGCAUCAUUAUAUUUUGUGUGAUGAUAAGAGUCUUUCAUUUUAAAAACCGUGUAAUUUGUAAACUUUUAAACUGAACAAUCCAUCUGGUCCAAAAUGAUAUAAGGCUUGUGCCAUCACAUAUCGGGUUAUCGCGUCCGGUCGGGCAAUCACGCCCAAUCAAGAACCCCCCAAAAUUCCCGAAAAUUUAUAAUUAGUAUUGAAACUAAGUUUAGGGGCUUGCCUUCUCUACAAGCUUUUGCUUUUCUUGGCAAGUCCCUCCGUUCAUUUCUUGUUUCUUUUCAUUGAUAAUAUUACUGCAACAAAUUGUAGUUUUGUUUAAUUUAUAUUCAACAUUUGUUACGAAAUUUCAUUGAUUUGUCUGUAUUAUCGAUUAUAUUGAAUAUGUAUUGUUACUUUGAUUAUAUUUUGAAAAAAUUGUUGAACGGAAAUAAAAUCUAAUCUAAUCUAAUCUAAAUCCGGUAAAAUUUACUCGACGCUAUGUGAAAAAUUAUCAUUCAAAAUUAUGAAUGUUCGAGUCCAAUUUACCCGAUGUUCUGUAAAAAUUGUAAGCCAAAUGGUCGGGUAAACUGGACCCGACGUUUCGGGGGCCCUUAUCUUGAAUGGUUGGGUGACGCGAUUACCCGACCAGGGGCCCGUUGCAGAAAGAGUUGCGUUAAAACGCAAGCCAAAAAUCAAUCGCAAGUCCCAAAUGCGCGCUGUUGAUUGGUUGAAAAUCAAGUUGCGCAUGAUUUUUAGAGUUGCGAUUGAUUGCAACUCUUUCUGCAACAGGCCCUGGAUGCAAUUAACCGAUGUGAUGGGACAAGCCAUGAUAUCAGAUUUACAUGAUUCCAACAUAGAGUGAAAAUACAACGGAAGAUAGUGAUACUCACUUGCAUGAUAAAGAACACAUUUGAGGUAAAUAGAUAUUCACUCGCAAAGGUACAGUAGCAAUCAAUGAAGAACUCGGUAAGUAGUUCGACAAAAUUCAGAGUGAAAAUUAUCUUUUAUCUGUAAGAGAAUAGGUAUUUACCACGUCAAAAGGUAUAUGAAAUAAUAAACAUGUACUACGCAAACAGAAAUUAUGUUUUAAUUGUGUAUGAAACAACGAGUCUAUUCAUGACGUCACAGAAGCGCAUAUUUGCUUUUAUUUUAUCAUUUUGUUUGAUCAUCUUGCAGUAGACCUUCACUGCUUAUGAUUUGAAUAUAUUAUGAUGAUUCUGAAACAACUCUUUCGUUCCCAGGGCCGUGAGUUCGGUCCCCUUUCUACAAAUUUGAUUUGACUGUUGAUAUAUCUAAUCAUCGAUGAAUACGAAACUAUGUAUGUAAAAAGUGUACUAACGACAUUAUGCAAAUAAAUUGUAUAUUCUCACUACUA